CCUGGACAUGUAAGUGUUGCGUGGAAGAGUUGAAGGUCUAUCGAGACAACAUAUCGCAAUAUCUUUCUCUUUCCUACCAAGAGACAAGGAAUACGUCAACUGUCUUCCCUCUUCUACUUGGUGUCAUCUCAAGGUGUCACAGGCCCAUCUUCUAUAUAUUGAAAAAGACCUACGUGAAACCCAGAUAUAGAUCCCAAUUCUCAGCCAAUCGCCAAAAUGUCACCUAUAGCCGUCCCGGUCAACAAGACCUACAAGAUAGCCACCAUGGGCGCCGAUGGCAUCGGACCCGAGGUAAUCUCUGCCGGCGUGGAAGUCCUCAAGACUCUGGAAUCUGCCGCUGGCGAUUUCAAGCUCGAGUUCCAAGACUACGACUGGUCAUCCGAGACAUACAAGAAGACUGGAAAGUACAUCCCUGAUGGUGGCUUGGAGAGUCUGAAAAAACAUGACGCCAUUCUGUUUGGCGCUGUCGGUGCUCCUGAUGUUCCAGAUCACAUCUCACUCUGGGGCCUCCGUCUUGCGAUCUGCCAGCCCCUGCAACAGUAUGCAAACGUCCGUCCAACCAAGAUUUUCCGCGGCACGGAAUCACCACUCCGCAACGCGUCACCGGGCUCAUUAGAUUGGGUCAUCAUCCGCGAGAACAGUGAAGGCGAGUACGCGGGUCAAGGCGGCCGCUCACACAAAGGCCACCCCUGGGAGACGGCAACUGAAGUGAGCAUCUUCACACGACAUGCUGUGGAGCGCAUCAUGCGAUUUGCCUUUGAGACGGCACGGAAGCGGCCGCGCAAGCUUCUGACAGUCGUGACCAAAAGCAAUGCUCAGCGUAACGGCAUGGUUCUUUGGGAUGAGGUGGCGGCAGAGAUUGCCAACGAGUUUCCAGACGUGACAACCGACAAGAUGCUGGUCGAUGCAAUGACAUGUCGGAUGGUUCUCAAGCCAGAGAGCCUUGACACCAUCGUCGCCACCAACCUCCACGCGGAUAUUCUGUCGGAUCUGGCGGCGGCGCUGGCCGGUAGUAUUGGAAUUGCACCGACGUCGAACCUUGACCCGACACGCGAGCAUCCUAGCAUGUUUGAGCCGAUUCACGGCUCUGCAUUUGACAUCACCGGCAAGGGUAUUGCGAACCCUGUGGCGACCUUCUGGACCGCAGCCGAGAUGCUGAGCUGGCUCGGCGAAGAGGCGGCGGCGCAGCGUCUCCUCGAGUGCGUUGAACGAGUUUGUGAAAAGGGCAUCAAGACGACUGAUCUUGGUGGCUCCGCCAAUACGGCCCAAGUCACGGCUGCUGUGUGUGAUGAGAUCCGAGCCUCGUACUCGAGAAAGUGAGCGUGUCGAGACGGUGCAGUCUGUGUGAUCUGUGUCAUGCAAACUCGAAGCCAUGCCGAGUGCAGAGUCGUCGCUGCGCAAUGUAAGGGUUUGAAGCUGGUGAUGGAUAUACGACACUCUGAAUGGCGUUGGAUGUGUUUGUCAAGCAUUGAUGAGUUGGAUAUCGGUCUUUGUGAUCAACAGGAUCACGGGAUUUUAGACGCUUCCACAGAUGAUUUACACUUGACCAAAGGUCUAGUCAGAUGCUCAGUCUUAGACUUGUAUCACACGCCGAGUCAAAUUCUGCCUGGAUUUGUUGUACCGCUUUCUCGAAGGCUAUGAAAGCAACAGAUGCCUCCCAUGGUCAAGGCCACGGAGAGCUGGUGGUAAUAUACACAUUGAGGUUACUAGGUCAUUUGUGC